UUUAAAACUAGUUUACUCUUUUUUAACGGCAUAAAGUAUGACGUUUGCAUAGUGUCUGACAUAUUGAGUGUGCGUGAGUUCAUUGUACCGUACGGCGUUUCUCUGCCAGCUUAACACGGGGGUGCGAUCUAUUUUGUCUUUCUUGCUGUCUGUAAAAGGCGCUGCAAAUGUCUUCAAACAGCUACAGAAAGUGGCUUUAAAGUAUAGUGUAGUGUUGUGUUAGAUUCAAGCCAAACUGACUAAAUCAUCCAGAGAGAAAGGUAGAAAACCCACCCAUUUUAAAUGCAAAUAAUAAUUGUCUCAUUUGAGUUCGAGGUCGUUUUAGAAGAAGCCUUCUUCACUAAAAAUGCCGAAAAGAUCAGUGAUGCUUUUCUUGAAGAGAGAACCUCCAAGUCUUUGGUAAACCGGAUGGAUAAAGUAAUUAGUGAGGAGCUUGGCAGGAGUGAGUUCGCCAAGGUCUUUCUGCUUCUGAGAGCCAUUGAAAACGUGUGUCAGAGUGAUGAAGACCUCAUCCAGUCCUUCAUCCAGCAUGGUCUUAUCGUAAAGAUGUUGGCCUGGUUUGAAAGAGCUGUGGAGUUUUUGAAGGUGAAGGAACUACAGCACCAAAAAGCGCUAUCAAACUUAAUUGAAGCAUUCUACGACACCUCCAUGAACAUCUGUCGGAUCAGCUUGCAAGGGAAGUCCCAGAUCCACGACAUCUUUGUGCUGCGAUUCGGCGCGCUCGUCACAGACGCUGAUGUACAGUUCGACCUUCGUUUAGAGGCUAUUCGAACAAUAAAUUCAAUCCUUGAUGGAGCUACCAAAGAGGAGAGGAAGAGGCUCAGUCUAUCUGAAGACCACUGCUUACUUCUUGAAGAACUGGCUAAAGUGAUUGUGAAUGUUGGUGACUAUGAAAUGCAGGUGGCCGUCUCUGAAUCGCUCUGCCGCAUGACUACCAAGAAGUGGAGAGAAGAGCUGGUUUACAAGUGGUUCCCCAACAGAAUUUUUGCAGACGCCUUCAAAUCAAUCAACGACCGGGAAUUUGAGACUGAUUGCAGAAAAUUUCUCAACAGACUGAAUAGCCAUUUUGGAGAUGAGCGAAGGGUGUUUACAUUUCCCUGCAUCAAGGCUUUUUUAGACAAGACUGAGCUAUUUAAACCAGAUGAUGAGAAUCUUGAAAAGUUCUGGGUAGAUUUCAACCUUGGGACAUGCUGCAUCAGCUUUUUUGUGAAUGAUCCAGAGGGAGCUCUUUGGGAGUCAAUAAACUUGCCAAAAGCUGCCAUCAGUGAUUAUUCCAUCAAAGGUGUGUGCGACCCUGUGCCUUUUUCUGUGUUGGCAGAAAAAGAUGACCAGAAAAUCCUGACUGUUCGAAUGGAAAUUCCUGUCGCUCACAUCAAUAUAAAAGGAAGAACUGUGAAAAUCAUUUUUGAAUCGCAGUAUGACAUCCAGAAUGCAGUCAGGCGUGCGCUUGGAGACAAUUUACAAUUGCAAAGUACUGAGGGACAGUCCGUGAGCAGAAAUCUUCUCAAUGACUUCCUUUCCAGUUGCUCGGACCCGGGUUGUUUAGAUGCUGCCGAUGUGAGUGCUGUCAAUGAUGAUGAUCAGAAGUCACCCGCAUCAGCAUUGGAGAAAGCUGAGCUCCUUCAUCUGACUGAUGAGUCAGAAACAGAGGUGGCGAUGGCCAAAAAGAGACUCUUCAGUUCGUCUGCUUCCUCGAAAGGAUUUGCAAAGUCCCUCCAAGACACGGGAGACAAGCCAAAAGAAUCCCGCAAGGGUCAUCAACCCAAAGCUGCUGCCUUCUCUGAGAGCAACAGCAGUCCAACUCAGGGAGGAGUAAGCGACAGUUUGCGUGUGAAAGCGCUGCCGAGGUCAGACUACACUAGGAAGAAACCCAAAGCUAAGUCCGCUCUGAGAAUUCUGCCCCAGUCCUCACCUAGUAGUGCUGAGGAACCCGGCACCAUCAAGCACUCAACACCAAAGACUGCAAGCGUUAAGCUAAGCGGAGCUGCCGGCCUCAUGGUCCGGCCUAGAGAGCUCAGCUUGGAGUAUUCUCUCAUUUCAGCACAAAAGUUUGAAGCCCAUGUGGAAGGACUUGAGAAGACUAUCCUGGAAGACUCAGUAUUCAUGCCAGAUGAUCAGGAUGGAUCCCCUAUUAAGAAAAACUCCCUUAGUGAAGUUCAAAAGUCUCCGGGAGCAAGAAAAAGGAAGCUUGAAUCUCCAGUGCUGGAUUCAGGUAUAGGACCAGAUAAGGGGCUGUCAACAAUGGAGGAGGACCAGGGCACCGCAAGCCUCAAACCCAGAGGAUUCCACCCCCCUAGCACCCCGGGGGCUACUGGGGAGAGGAUCACUAAACUCUUUGUAGAAGCCUCGGAGUCUGACACUGAGAUGGCUUCUGGGGUAACUGCUGCCUUUCAGUCGUUCAAAAAGCAGCUGAAGGACCACUUCUCGUCCAGGUAUCGGAAAAUAGAAACCCAGUCUAUGGAGUCUCUCCUCGACUGUCAGGAGAGUGUGAGGACACUGCUGAGCUCCGUACAUGGGUACAGGCUCAAGCACCUGGAUACCUUUCAAACCACUGUCAUCAAUGAGCUGGCUCACCUAGAGCAAGACUGUCAUUCCCUGAAGAAGAUCGAGAGGGAAGUCAUGAACUUCUGGAAGGCGGAAUCCAAAGUGGUGACAAUGUUCUGCGAGAAGCAGCAGCACAGGUUGCGGUCGCUGGAGCUGCUUAAAGAAGCGGUCCACAGUCCAGCCACGGAGGAUGUGGCUUCUCAGGGAAUCUCAACAGAAGACAAGACAACCAGUUAUUCCACUGAAGCCACCAACUUAGUUACUUAGACCUUCGUAAAUAGCACUGUUGGUUUGUUUGUGUGUGUGUGUGUGUGUGUGUGUGUGUGUGUGUCAGCAGUCAGUC